AUGCAAACAGUCUUGGCACUUCUCGCUGCGACAAUACUUGGCACGGCCAACGCAGAGGUUGCGGAUUAUGUUGUUGUGGGUGGAGGGACCGCAGGCUUAACGGUCGCUGCUCGCCUGAGUGGAGAGCCGGGUAUCAGCGUCACCGUUAUCGAAGCUGGAGAGGACCGAUCAGAAGACAUAGAGGUCCUGGCACCAGCUCUCUUGACCACACUCUACGGCAAUCCAACAUACGACUGGAACUACCACACCACCGAGCAGGAACACGCCAACAAGCAUGUAAUCGCACAUCCUCGCGGAAAACAACUUGGUGGCUCUUCUGCGAUCAACUUCCUAUGGUGGACGCACGCUUCGCAGCAGGACAUCAACAAUUGGGGUCUGCUCGGUAAUCGCAAUUGGACCUGGGAUGCAUUACAACCCUUCUAUCGCAGAUCAGAACGAUAUAUUGAGCCGCCUCUUGCUACAGCUGAGGCAUUGGCGACGGACUAUAUUGAGCUUGAUCUACAUGGAAGAAGCGGCGCUGUCAUCAAUGGAUUCGCUGAUGUCUACACGCCUUUCGACGAAGCUUGGCCGAGGACGUACGAGAAUCUUGAUCUAGGCAUUCGAUCGGAUCCCAGAGAUGGCCUUGCGCUGGGUGGCUAUACGAAUCUGGUCAAUUUGGAUCCUGAGACUAGGAGUCGGAGUUAUGCUGCUACGACAUACUUGCGUCAGGCAGAAGGCCGAUCAAACUUCAAAGUCUUGAAGAGUGCGCACGCUCAAAGGAUCCUCUUCGACACGACCGGCAGCAAACCACGAGCCACGGGCGCUUCAUGCAUUCAAAACGGCACCACGAAGGUAAUCGCAGCACGGAGAGAAGUCAUCUUAAGCGCCGGAGCCUUUGGAUCGCCGCAGUUGCUGGAGCUCUCUGGCAUCGGCAACUCGACCAUCCUCAGUAAGCACGGCAUCAGAACCAUCGUAGAGAAUCCCAAUGUUGGCGAGAACUUACAAGACCACGCAUACAUCCCCCUAGGCUUCGAAGUCCGCGAGCCUGGCAUUUUCACCCUAGACGACCUCGCCAACGAAACUCUCUUCGACCAAUCCUACGACCAAUACAUCACGAACCACACGGGCUGGCUCGCCUCCAACAGCGCAAUGUCAGCGCUCCUCUCACUGGAUCAGAUCAUCGGGAACGACAGUACGAGUGCCGACCUCAAAGAGACUAUCGACCGAUACUGUUCCCCUUCCCACCACUCACCAUCCACCCUAUCUCCCGACCGCAACACCAUCCUCUGCAACGACAUCCACCACGAAGCCAUCGUCCAAGAAUUCGCCUUCCCCAGCGGCAUCAACCCCCAAUCCUCCAACGACAGCAGUACCCUCUUCUCCGCCAUCACGGCCGGUAACUUCUUCAGCAUGCAAGGCGUCCUCGAACACCCCUUCUCCCGCGGGAGCGUCCACAUCCAAUCCUCAAACGCAUCCGUCUACCCACGCAUCGACCCAUCCUACCUCUACCAUCAGCUAGAUCUCAAGACGCUUGCCGUCAUCGCACUCCACCUCCAAAUCGUCGCUCAAACCGCACCGCUUAGUGGUUUGCUGGUUGGUAAUGGGACGGUCUUUCAGCCUGGGUAUUAUGAGCUUACGGGUGAGAAUGCGGAAGGCUGGGUGAGGGACAAUUUGCAGAGCGAGUAUCAUCCUUCGUGUACGUGUGCUAUGUUACCGAGGGAGAGGGGUGGGGUUGUGGAUGAGAAGUUUAGCGUGCAUGGAGUUGAUGGGUUGAGGGUGGUUGAUGCUUCGGGUUUUCCGUUGAUUCCGAGGGCCAAUUUGCAGAGUUUGGUGUAUGCGGUUGCUGAGAGGGCAGCUGAUGAUAUAAGGGGGGGAGAGGGGUGUGGAGAGUGA